AUGAAUUCUGCUACGAAGGUAGGAGAGAUUUUUACAGCAGCCGGCGCUGCAUUCAACAGCCUGGGAGAACUAACAAUGCAACUUCAUCCUUCGUCAGAUUCACCAACAGGGAGCAAAUGGACAGAUGAAGAAAUAGACAUGCUCCGCUCCGCAGUCACACGUUUCAGUGAAGAUCUUAACAAAAUCAGCCAACGUAUCAAGGGGAGAACGGUCUCUCAAAUCCGACACACACUUAAAAAGAAAGCUUUCGAAGAUGCUGGUCUCCCUAUGAGACAAAACUCACAAGCUUCACAUAUUCAGCCGCCCCUUCAGUUACAACAGCAACCUCAACAGCAAAUCAUAGUUACAUCGACGCAAGUUGCACAUUAUGAAGAAGCUGGUCCACCCUCGACCGUGAUCGCCGAUCCGAUGGUGAUGGAAUCGGUAAUAAAAGACGACAAUUCCGAUUCCACUGGACUUUUGUGCCAACCGGCGGACAUUUCCAUGACACUGAAUCGCCUCAAUACCCAGGAGCACGAGGCAGAUGUAGUAGGAAUGGGUUCGGGUGAAAUGAAGCUCGAGUUUGAACCCGGAACAGAAGAAGUAGCCGGGUGAAACGAGGAGGACUACUAUUACAGCGAACCGAAAGAUUAGUGUUGUAUAAACAGCUCUUUUCGGACGGCAUGUUCCUGGCACAGGCACGAUGAAGGCAAUUAAACGGCAAUGGGAAAUCGUCAAUCGAGAAUAGGUUUAAUAAAGCCAUGCUACACAAGAGAUUCCUGCAAGGUUAACUCGACGGCAAAUGGAUGGCUGCGAUGAGCUGUUACUAAAUUAUACCGGUAGGAUGUUGCACGUUCGGGUUGUGCGAAUUCUUUGCGAUGAUGGUAUGCGUUUACUUUGCAUGUGCAUUUUCCAGAGAUCAAUUACCUUAUACUAUAGUGCGCUAACGUGUGGAAAUAAAUUUGUGUAUUUUGAAUCAGAA